UGCAGUCGCGCCUGUAUAGUGCAACAGGUCAGUAAGACUCGGGCUUUCGCUUUGCAAGCACAUUCUGCUCAGCAGCAGAUCUCUCUUUUUUUCUCUCUAAGUGUUAUAAGUGCGCGCUAUACCUUCUUGUUUUGCACCCGUGUAUCAACUCGUAGUGGUCCUCUGCGAUAGGAUCGUGAAUUCUUCUUUUCCAGCUUUGUCGCCUGUGUGAAAUAUUUUCUGUGAUUUUGUGGCAGUGCUCGAUAAUUUUUUUUUCUUCACAAACAAAUUGGCGCACGGUGGACAUCGCUACAGCAAGAAAACACCAUGUCGAUCAAGGAUAAGAAUCGUCGAAUAUCGUGGCUACUGCCCGCGAUCGCCGCCCUCUCGCUCGUGCUGCUCCAGAGUCGAGACGGCCUCUGCGGCAGGCCCGACUACACCGGCCUCGAGGGGCCCUACUGCUCGCGCUACUUCCAGCAGCACAACUGCUGCCCGGGCCGGCAGGACGAGUGCAGCGUGCCGAUCCUGGGCACGCUCUGCUACUGCGACGAUUUCUGCAGGAACCGCUCGGCCGACGAGGACUGCUGUCCGGAUUACUACUCGCACUGUCUGAACGAGCAGGCCUUCUCCAGGCCGGGCGAUCUUCAUCUGGGCCAAUGCUAUCACAACGGAAGAACCUAUCUUCACGGCGACACUCUCAAGAUCAACUGCAAUCACUGCAAAUGCUCUUCGCUGAACGGCACCUCGGAGAUCUUGUGCGAGCCGAGCGGCACUUCGCGCGACCGCUGCGUCAUGGACCAGGAGGUGAUCGAUCGCAUCAACAUUCUCGAGAAUCCGGGCUGGAUCGCGCGCAACUACUCCGAGCUGUGGGGCUAUACUCUGAACGAGGCGAUCAAGCGCAAGACCGGCACCCUCAAUCCGACCCUGUCCAUGUGUCACGUGCACGCGGCGCCCUUCAAGCGCGACUACGACGUCGAGGACCUGCCCGAGGAGUUCGACGCACGCCACAAGUGGCCCGGCUACAUAGCGGGCAUUCGAGAUCAGGGCUGGUGCGCCGCCUCGUGGGCCAUCAGCACGGCCGACGUCGCCUCGGAUAGGUUCGCGAUCGCCAGCGAGGGCGCGGAGAGGGUCGAGCUCAGUGCCCAGCAUCUGCUCUCGUGCAACAACAGGUAUCAGAGGGCCUGCGACGGUGGCUACGUCGACGUCGCCUGGACGUUCGUCAGGAAAUUCGGUUUGACGGACGAGGAGUGUUACCCGUGGACGGGCGAGAGCGACAAGUGCAUGCUGCAACGGCGCCGAGGAACGCUGUCCGAGCUCAAUUGCCGGGCGAGAAAUUCUCAGUCGUACGAGUUGAGGGACGAGUUCUACAAGACCGGGCCGGCCUUCCGCGUGCGAACCGAGCACGACAUGAUGCACGAGAUCAUGCUGUACGGGCCCGUCCAGGCCACCAUGAGGGUCUAUCAGGACUUCUUCAAUUACGAGUCCGGCAUCUACAAGCACUCGAUUCUGUCCGAGCAUUACGCCAACGAUUAUCACUCGGUCAGAAUAAUCGGCUGGGGCGAGGAGCCCUCGGCUUUCAACGGCAGCCCCGUCAAAUUCUGGCGAGUCGCCAACUCGUGGGGCCGUGAAUGGGGCGAGGAUGGCUACUUCCGGAUUCUACGAGGCACCAACGAGUGCGAGAUCGAAAGUUUCGCCCUCGCCGUCGAGGCCAAAACUUACUGAAAGAAUAACUGUGUGAUUGAUAUCUGUACAGACUUUUGAUAUAUGAAUACGAUGGAAAGUGCGAGUCGGCCGUCGCGAGAUCGCGAGGCAACGAUUUUUACUAAAUAGGAAAUUUACGCGUUAUUUAAAACACUAAUAAAUCCUUUGUAGCUUUUCGAUAGUUUUUUACUUACAUACUUAUGCUCUUUGCUUAGAAACUAAUGUGUAACUUGAGUUUAAUUUUUAAGGGUUUCAUGUACAGAAUUGCAAAAAAUUACCAAUUUUAUUAUUUUCUAUAGUAUUAUAAUGUAAAGUAAUAGAAUAAUGAUGUAUUCUUAUUAUUCAUUGAGUAGCGAGUAAAGUGUUCAUGUAAAUAUUCCGAGGUUGAUAAUAAAUUCGACGAAAUAACAUUUGAAAAUUCAA